AUGGCAGAUUACCUGGCUCAACAACCCAUCAAUGACUACCAGCCUAUGCAUCCAGAAUUCCUGGAUAAGGACAUCAUGACCUUGUUCGAGGAGGAGGUGGAGGAUGAGGAUAUGGACAAAUGGAUUGUCUGGUUCGACGGUGCGUCCAACACACUAGGCCAUGGAGUUGGGGCGGUAUUGGUUACCCCCAACGAUCAAUGUAUACCCUUCACGACUAGAUUGGGCUUUGACUGCACAAACAACAUGGUUGAGUAUGAGGUGUGCGCCCUUGGGAUCCAAGCGGCAAUUGACUUCAAGGUCAAGUUGUUCAAGGUAUAUGGGGACUCAGCCUUAGUAAUCCACCAAUUGAGGGGAGAAUGGGAGACCAAGGAUCAUAAGUUGAUACCCUACAAGGCCUACAUCCAAAAACUGAUAGAAUACUUCAAUGACGUAUCCUUUCACCACAUCCCCAGAGAGGAGAAUCAGAUGGUUGAUGCCCUUGCCACUCUGGUGUCCAUGUUCCAAUUGACCCCACAUGGGGAUUUGUUGUACAUCAAAUUCAAAUGUCACGGCAAGCCUGCACAUUGUUUCUUGAUAGAAGAGGAGCAAGAUGGUAAACCUUGGUACUUUGAUAUCAAGCAAUAUAUCGAAGACAAGGAAUACCCAUGGGAGGCUUCUGACAAUGACAAGAGAACAUUGCGAAGGUUGGCAGCUGGCUUCUUCCUGAGUGGGAAUAUCCUGUACAAGAGGAACCAUGAUAUGGUUUUGCUCCGAUGUGUGGAUGUCAGGGAGGCUGAGUAA